CUGACGCCACGCGCCAAGCCCCGCCCCUCUAUUUUGGUUCUGGUGUCUGAUAAGCUUCUACUUUUGGCUCCAGCGUGUUCUGAGGACAUCGAGGAGCAUCUUUCUGCGCCACAAACAAAAACCGACCGUUUCCUUCACCUGAGUGCAGCUUCACUUCCGGGUCCGGGGCCCUGAAACGUAGCUCAAAGCGGAAGUUAGUUAUGGCUGACCGGAGAUAAACGGCGCUGCUUCUUCUCCUCCUCCAAAACAUCAUGGAUCCUCCUGAGGUCCAGCCCGGAGAUCCGGACGCCGAGCAGGACGCAGAGCCGAGCCCUGCGGAGGUGGACGCCGCGGUGCUGCUGCUGGGGGCCGGCGUCACGGCCGCCACGCACCCGCUGCUGUUCGUCAAGCUGCUGAUCCAGGUGAACAUCUGCUGGGCCCGGAGUCCGCGUCCAUCCGAACCCAGCUUCAUGCUGGGCACUCAGCUGACAGGACGUGACUCUGUUUCAGCUCAUUAUAUCGUGAAGGUGGAUGGAACGACGGGCCUCUUCCGUGGCCUCUCGCCUCGUCUCGUGUCCAGCAUCAUCUCCACCGUGAUCAGAGGGAGAGUGAAGCAGGUGGUGCAGGAAUCAAAGACCGCCGAGGAGCAGAACUCACUCAGCAGAGUGUUCAGAGAGACCUCCAAUGAGAUGAUUAUCCAGUGCCUGUCCAGAGUAGCCACCCAUCCUUUCUAUGUCAUGUCGAUGCGCUGCAUGGCCCAGUUCGUUGGCAGAGAGACUAAAUACAGCAGCGUCUUCAGCUGCACGCUGAAGAUCUUCAGGGAGGAAGGAGUGGCUGGAUUUUACGUUGGUUUUGUCCCACACGUCCUGGGAGAAGUCCUCUUCCUGUGGUGCUGCAACCUCCUGGCCCACUUCAUCAACACCUACACUGUGGAUGAAAACUUCAGUCAGGCGUCGGCGGUGAGAAGCUACACAAAGUUUGUGAUGGGGAUUGCGGUGAGCGUUCUGACGUAUCCCUUCACGCUGGUCGCUGACAUGAUGGCCGUCAACAACUGUGGUCUGGCUGCAGGUCUUCCUCCUCGCUCUCCCAUCUUCACGUCCUGGCUGCACUGCUGGACUCACCUCAGGCACAAGGACCAGCUCUUCAGAGGAUCCAGCUUCUUUUUCCGCCGGGUUCCCGUGACCUCCCUGCCCGCCGUAGAGGCCUGAUGUCAUCAUCAUCAUCGUCACCUGCCCGCCGUAGAGGCCUGACAUCAUCAUCAUCAUCGUCACCUGCCCGCCGUAGAGGCCUGACAUCAUCAUCAUCAUCGUCACCUGCCCGCCGUAGAGGCCUGACAUCAUCAUCAUCAUCGUCACCUGCCCGUCGUAGAGGCCUGACGUCAUCAUCAUCAUCAUCUGCACGGCGUCCUUCGUCUUCCUGCUCAGAGUUCGAGGAGCGAUCAGGAACCGUGGAUGGACCCCCCCCCCAGACUGAUCUUCGCUCAGUGCCAACAGAACCUUUUUGUGUUAAUUUCUCAGCUAACCUGUUUACAUGUUUUUAUUUAGUAAACAUCACGUUGUAAACAAACAGAACCACAGUUUGACCCAGGUUUGGUUGUUCUGGUUCAGAACUUGCUUUAAUGAUACAAAGUCGGGACGGGAGUUUUUGUUUUUCUUCCCUUUGAAACAGAAG